UGGGCUCACUUCAAAAGUUGGUGGAUUCAAACAAUAGAUGUUUUGUCCAAAAAGAGUGACUGAUUCUAUCAGUGGGUUCAGGCAACUCAGCAUUUUGUUUGGACAAUGGGGUUAAGAAAAACAGUAAUGCACUCAAUUAUGAACAAAAAGCCGUCCCUCUUGCUGUUCACGCUCCCGAGUGUUCACCUUUGCACAUCAUUUGUGCUGAUCUCAUUACCUUUUUUUUUCCUUGCUCCUGCGUGAUAGCCGCUUCUCUUAGUCCAACCCUUUCGUUUUUUAACCCUAUAAUCAGCAACAUCAUCAUCGUCAUCAUCAUCAUCACCCUCAGCCAUCAUCACAAGAGACGUGGAGGAAGAAGAGGAGGAGGAGGAAGAGGAGAAGAAGGGGGAGGAGGAAGGGGGGCGCAAGGACACACCCGCCUGCGCACCGUCCUCGGCCAGGCACACGGCAAGGAUGCAGCAGCAGCAGCAGCAGAAGGAGGAGAGGCAGUCAACACGAGGUGAUUCCCCAGCAGUCCUGCAGUGGAGAUGCACUACAGGGACGAUUACCUGUUUUCAUUUUGUAGAUUAAAAGCAUUUUUUAUUCCAAGACAGGAGAACUGGUUGUCUCCAAACGACAGUAUCAGCAGCAGAGUCCACUAAGAUGUCUGCAGUCCAGCCCUGAGAAACGCCUGGAGGGUUCUCCACACCCGGACGCACGACCGCACCCCCCGCGAAAGGUGCAGUCCUCGGCCAGCCGCCAUUUCCCGCCACGAUGACGGUCGCCACGGGUGAUCCGUCCGACGAGGCGGCGGCACACCCGGGCCACCCGCUGGACUACGACCCGGAGGCGGACCACGAGUGCUGCGAGCGGGUGGUGAUCAACAUCUCCGGACUGCGCUUCGAGACCCAACUCAAGACCCUCUCGCAGUUCCCCGAAACACUUCUGGGGGACCCCAAAAAGAGAAUGCGCUACUUUGACCCGUUGCGUAACGAGUACUUUUUUGACAGGAACAGACCCAGCUUUGAUGCCAUAUUGUACUACUACCAGUCGGGCGGGCGGCUAAGGAGGCCGGUGAACGUUACGCUGGACAUAUUCUCCGAGGAGAUCCGCUUCUACGAGCUGGGUGACGAAGCCAUUGAGAUUUUCCGCGAGGACGAGGGCUUCAUCAAGGAGGAGGAGCGCCCUCUCCCCGACAACGAGUUUCAGAGACAAGUGUGGCUUCUGUUUGAGUACCCGGAGAGCUCAGGUCCAGCUCGGAUUAUCGCCAUUAUCUCCGUCAUGGUCAUCCUCAUCUCCAUUGUCAGUUUCUGUCUGGAGACCCUCCCCAUCUUCCGCAACGACGAGGACGACAUGCACAAGUCCCACAAUGAGAUCUUUUACCCCGAGACCAACACCACAGUCAUCAGGUACACCUCCACCUACUUCACCGACCCCUUCUUCAUCCUGGAGACGCUGUGCAUCAUCUGGUUCUCCUUUGAGUUUCUAGUGCGCUUCUUCGCCUGCCCCAGCAAAGCGGGCUUCUUUGGCAACCUCAUGAACAUCAUUGACAUUGUGGCCAUCAUCCCGUAUUUCAUCACGCUGGGCACAGAGCUGGCAGACAGUCCGGAUGACGGUCAAGCCGGACAGCAGGCCAUGUCUUUAGCAAUCCUCAGGGUGAUCCGACUGGUGCGGGUGUUUCGAAUUUUCAAGCUCUCACGCCACUCCAAGGGGCUCCAGAUCCUGGGCCAGACCCUGAAGGCCAGCAUGAGAGAGCUGGGACUGCUCAUCUUCUUCCUUUUCAUCGGUGUCAUCCUCUUCUCUAGCGCGGUAUACUUCGCAGAGGCCGACGAGCGUCAGUCCCAGUUCGAGAGCAUCCCGGACGCCUUCUGGUGGGCCGUGGUCUCCAUGACCACGGUGGGCUAUGGUGACAUGGUACCCACCACCAUCGGGGGCAAGAUUGUGGGCUCCCUGUGUGCCAUCGCCGGCGUGCUGACCAUUGCCUUGCCCGUGCCUGUCAUCGUGUCCAACUUCAACUACUUCUACCACCGCGAGACGGAAGGGGAGGAGCAGGCGCAGUACCUCCAGGUCAACGCCCCCAAGAGCGAGUCGGGCGAGGAGCUGAAAAAGAGUCGCAGCGGAUCGACCAUCAGCAAGUCGGACUACAUGGAGAUCCAGGAGGCGGUCAACAACAGCAAUGAGGACUUCCGCCGGGAGAACCUCAAGACUGCCAACUGCACGCUGGCCAACACAAACUACGUCAACAUCACCAAGAUGCUCACAGAUGUGUAGUCUACCGUAGAGAUCACUGGGGGAAAAAAGUAAUACAAAGGCAAAAGAAUGCAGGAAUGAGAUGCUUUUCACGCCACGCUUCACUCCUCCCUGAGCACUGUCAGACAGAGCCAGAUUUGUUUGCAUUUGCAUGGAGUUUCCUGAGUGGAAGAAAAACUGAAAUGUCACACUAAUGCCAACCAAAAAUAACCAUUGAGGGGAAAAAAAAAGCUUUUUGAAGUUAAGACAACACACUGAAGUCACUUGAUCCCUCACUUACCAGGGUGCACUGCUUUGCUUUAGGCGCAAAAUACUUAGGCAUCACCAUAGAAAGAGAGAGAAAAAAAACGUGACCAUACAGCGGGUCCGUUCCCAGGUUUGUUUCUCACUGCUAGUUUUUGCAAGGAUGAAUGACAGCUGUCGGCGCCACAGACGCUUGUGGUGGGACAUUUUAGUAGUCAGUAUCUGAUGAGUGACUGAGAAUGGCCUUGAUGCCUCACUGUUUUGCUCUUACGCGACAUGUUACUACGAUGCAAGCUCUCUUCAAGAUGCUUUCCCCGCCAUUCACCCAAACUGGUCUUAUACUGCGGAGCUUUGAGGACAACUUGAAUGUUUCUUCUCUGGUUUUGUUUGGUUGUUUUUUGUUUUUUUUCCAUGCACAACAUUGAUUCACGUAGCCUGUAGUUAGGGACUGUUAGUCAGUCCAGAGGGUCCAACUUUUACGAUGGUCCGGGCAGAGACUUUUUAAUGUUUAAGAACAGCAUGCAAAUAAUUAGUGGCACAAAGAAUCAUGAGGCACAAGAAGCCACACUCGUUGACCCUGGUACUUGCGGUUUUUCAUUGAACUGUGUUACAUUUAUGGCUUAAAACUAUCAGUCAUACAAAUAUUGACUCAAAUUUAGUGGCAGGUUGUACAUCAAUACCAUACAAAACUGUGACAACAUCACGCAACUGUGCUGCAUACAUCAUUUGGAACUGUAGAUUGAAUAUUUAUCAGAUAACAAAAAUACCAUGCACACCAGAAACACUGAUUAUUAGUAAACGUGUGGCGAUCACUUCAUAUGUUUUGCUCAAGGAUAAAAAAAAAUGCUGAUGUGGUUAUGGUCUACUUAUGAGGCAAAUUUGAGAUUCUAUAAAGAAACUUUCAUAAUGCUGUCGCGCAGGUUAGCGACAGUCGCGUUCCAAAAUACGGACAGAUUGGGGUUACACCACCACUGUAGGAUUGGAACUCAAACUCGGAACCCUCUGAAGAUGCAUAAUAUAUAUUUGGCGGGUAAGUUGCCCCCUACAGGCCAAACAUAGAAACACUCAAGCUGGGCACACACUGCGAAAUACGUGUGUUCUCUUCUGAUUUCAAAAUGACCACAUUUUGAAUUGCGACAUUGUUAGUCCUGGAGCUAUGGUCAAUUCAGGGCUUGUGCUACAACGGUUCGUCUGAGGUUGCCAUAAACAUCAAUGAACAGGCUUUACAUUGACAUAAAAUACAAAACUGUUAGUAGUCAAUUCUCCAGUCAAUAUAGGAUCUUCAAACAAACAGAGUUUUGAGAAAGUGCAACAUCAAUAAUUAUUCUUGGGACCGAGCAAAGUGGAGCUGUUUCAAUGGAUUUGGCAAGUUCGAAAAAAAAAAAACAAAUUAAUUGUUGGCCAUGACGCCCCCAAAGCAGAGGCUGAGCUGCACUGUGUUUGUUUGCAAAGUAGAUGCAUGGAUAGAUUGCAAUGCAGUUCCACGUUCUGCAAUUCCUCAACGAAUUUUGAGUCAACUUUUCCACCCUUUUAAUUCGUUAUUAGUCAUUGCAGAGGUAGUACUCGUGAGCUGUGAUGAAUGAUUUACGAGUCCCUGUCAGUCAUCGCAGUAGCCCACUAUGAUGUUUAGAUGAUGUGAGGUUAAGAUGAGGUAAGGUCAACUGCAAUAAUCAAAAGUAUGGUGGCCCUAAAAGGUUAAAAAAUGGUACACUGUACUACUUCGUGUCGCACUUACAAUGAUGUUUGACAAACAAAUGUUUCUUUGAAGAUUUUUCUUUAAAAUUCCCAAACGUCUCAGUGUAUGCCCAGCUUUAUUUUUUAUUUUUUCCACACAGAAAACACGCACACCCACCACUAUACCCUGACCUUCCACCUAGAAGCCUUCGCCAGGUUGCCGUAAAAAUCACUUUGAGGUCGCGGAUGUUACUGAGCUGUUUAGGACGCUGUGGUUACCAUAGCAACUUUUGAGAAGAAUGGAUGUAAAAUAAUCUUUUCUAGUCUUGCAUGACAUCCUAUUCAUCCCUAGAAGCAUGACUGCAAGCUUCAAGAAGCUCACUGCAGAGAUUUAAAAAAAAAACGAUUUAAGAUGUAUUUAUAAAUAUAGACUGAAUGCAAAUACAGCACACUUUCACCAGAGACUUGUGAUGCAGAUAUUGCCAUAAUUAAGCUAACAUUUAAUCGUGAGUGCCGAAGGCACACACUCUUACGCUCCUGCUAGCCCUUUCCUAGCAUACCUCGGGGUGAUAUAUUUAAAACGAGACACGGGUUUCAGUUGGCGUUUGAUGAGCAUGAAUGCCUGGAAAGCUCUCAGGAUGCUGUCCAGUUAUGGAUAGCUGCCAUUGCCGCAACACUGCCAAGUCAGGCAGUCCUAACCAUCUGUUCAUCCAUCCGUCCGUCCAUUGAUCCAUCCAUCCAUCCAUGCUGGGGGUGAUAAUCAGCAUCACUGUAGCAGACCUUGGCUGUCCCUCCUUAGUCCCAGUUUUAACAUUUGUCUGAUGGCUGUCGACUGAUGGGCGAGUUAAGGGGUAGCGGGCAUUGGUCUGUUUGUAGCAUGUGGCAUUUUCAAUGAAUUCUCCACGUCGAGGCGCCCGUGUCUAUUUUUAGGCUUCCGACAUGCUACAAUAACAACACGUGUCACGCCAUCGCUGCCGAUGCGCCGCUCGCCCAUCCACCCACGUCCGCUGCUCUCACGCAGCUCCUCAAACGUAGGGAAAAGUCAGCUGAAAUGAGCAACUGACAACUGGAGAGGAAAAACUUUUUUUCUGUUCUUUUCUGCACAGAACUUCAAAAUGACUAAAAUGAGUUAUCCCACUCUAGUUGCCGGUGGCUCAAAGGAAGAUACCAUUUUUUUGUUUCUAUAGCAAUAUUUCCCUUUGUUAAUCAAUCAAAAAGCACUUCAAGUGUGUAUACAAGCAUGUUCUCAUUGGGACUUUUGUGAGGCCAAUGCAGAUUCCAAUAUGGCAAAAAAUAAAUAAAUAAAAAAAGAAAUCAGACAACCAAGUAAUCAAUACACAAAAAAAAACUGUAACGAAUAAACGGUGACACAGUGGUCAACUGGUUAGCGCGUUGACUUCACAGUGCAGAGGUACGGGUUCAAUUCCGGCUCCGGCCUUCCUGUGUGGAGUUUGCAUGUUCUCCACGUGCCUAAGUGGGUUUUCUCCGGGUACUCCGGUUUCUUUCCACAUUCCAAAAACAUGCAUAUCAAGUUAAUGGAAAACUUUAAAUUGUUCUUAGGUUUGAUUGUAAGCGCAAAUGGUUCCUCAUCUAUGUGAGCCCUAUGAUUAGCUUGCAACCGGUUCAGGGUGUCCCACGCUUGCUGCCAGAAAACAGCUGGAAGAGGCUUCAGCUCACCCAAGAUCCUUGUCAACAUAAGCAGAUUAGAAAGUGGAUAAUGAAUCAAAUAAAUUCUUUUUGGAUUCCUUUUAGCUUACAAAAAUGAAGAUAUGAAUUACAGGCAGAACGUUUGGCUUUUUGGUGUUACUUUGCUCUUUAGUAUAUUUUUAACUUUACAACAGAGAGAAAAAUUGACAAGAAUCUGAUGAUUUUUUUUUCAUGGGUGGGAAUGUUCACUUUUCACUUUCACGUCACUUUUCAAUCCGUUUUUGUGGGUUAUCCCACUAAAUUCCUGCGAGAACAGGAAAAGAGGGUGCAGCUGUGUUGAUGCAUGAUUUAUAUCCAGUACUGUACGUUUUAAAUGGGAUGACAACAAAAAACAUCUUCGCCUCUGCAUGCUGGCACAUUUCUAUGAAAGUGUUUUUUUCUUCUUUCAUUUAGGUCAAACCCAUUGUAGCAGCAAUGCCCAAUAUUGACUUUUGUGUUGAAAACACACCCAGCUAAGUGAAGUCAACUUGUAUUCCUUGCAUAUUUUCCAAUCUUUUGUUUUUAAAUUAAUGUCAUUACAUUGGCAUUUAAAAUUCACUUCGUGGAAAAAGUUGGAGAAACGCUAGGAAAUCUAUGCAUUGGUUUUCAUAUGAAAUUAUUCGAUGGUGGUCACCAAUGUGAUCGAUACAAAUCUGAAACAAACCUUGGAUCCCACUCAAGAAAUCUUGCAAUAUUCUGCUGUGGGAUAGCUCAAUGAGAAAUUUUCAGAUUGUUUGGGGGUUUGUUUGACUUGCAUGAAAACACGCACACACACACACACACACACACACGCACACACACACACACACACACACACACACACACACACAAACAUAGGUGAAACAAGGUGACCAAUAUGCAAUAUGUAUGCAUGUGUGUGCUCACGAAAGAAUGGCUGUGACUUUCACACAAUAUUGUACAGUUGUCCAACCCUCUCGUCCAUCCGUGUUUUCAUACGGCUGAAUUUACGCCUCAUGGUUGAAGUGAAACAAUUCCAAUUUUGUUUUGGUGGAAUAAUUGGGAGAUGCAACAUGACAAAUUCCGAAAUGCGAUACAUAUCAUCCAAUUUGGCAUUAUUAUUCAUAUUGUAAAAUGGCAAGAAACUGAUUUUUUACAAUACUGUCAAACUGAGCCGUGUGUGUGUGUGUGCACAUAUGUAUACCGUGUAUAUAUAUAUAUAUAUAUAUAUAUAUAUAUAUAUAUAUAUACCUGCAUAUAUGCACAGUACACCUCCACCAUGCGACCCCCCCCCCCCCUCCACCCCCCAUCAGAAUUCAGCACUUUGACCUGCAGUGUAAAUUCCGCCAAAGAGUCACGGAAGCUUCAAUGGUGGAUGAUGGCUUUUCUUUUUUUUUGUCUAUGAAAUGUUGAGAUUGAUGUACAUAAGAGCAAAGGCAAUAUCAGCAGGUGACAUAUGGACUCAGCAAGUAAUAGGAUCUGCACUUUACAAGACAACUUGGACAAUCUGUGGACCAGAGAACAACAUUUAGUCCUUCCGACAUGAUUGAGAAUGCUGACAAGGCGAUAACAAUGAAGCCAAUAAUAAUUAUAAUAAUAACAAUAACUCAA